AUGUACGAGAAACAGCAACUCAACGGAGCCUACUACGGCCCCUCAAUCCCCCCACAAAGAACCCACCACCGCCCCUCCCGCGGCGGCGGUUUCGACUGCUGCUGCGGUUGUCUCUUCAACCUCAUCUUCAAACUAAUCCUCACCGUCAUAAUCAUAAUCGGAAUCGCCAUCUUCCUCUUCUGGCUCAUAGUUCGUCCCAACGUAGUCAAAGUCCACGUCACCAACGCUUCCCUCACGCAAUUCAACUACACCACCAACAACAACAACCUCAACUACGAUCUCUCUCUCAACCUAACAAUCCGCAACCCGAACAAACGACUUGGUAUCUACUACGAUUACAUCGAAGCUAGAGCUUUGUACCAUGAUGCUAGAGUUGAAUCGGUUUUUCUUGAUCCUUUUUAUCAAGGACACAAAACAACUAACUUUCUUAACACUUCGUUUAAGGGUUCGAAAGUGAUGGUUCUUGAUGGUGAUCAGAGUUUGGAUUUUAACAAAGAGAAGGCUUCUAAGGUUUAUGAGAUUGAUCUGAAGAUUUAUCUUAGGAUUAGGUUUAAGCUUGGAGUGCUUAAGACCAGGACGAUUAAGCCUAAGGUUACUUGUGAGUUGCGUGUUCCUUUGAACUCUGGCGGUGGUGCUACGACGGUAGACGGUGGGUUUCAGACCACCAAGUGUGACUGGGAUCGUUGA